GGGGCGAUCAUGGCAGCACCUUGCAAUACCAGUGCCAGUGGCAGUGCACCAGUACCACUUCUAUCGCGUAGAUAUCGGUAACAUUUGUACUCACUGUCGUGUUCUCGGAGGCGGUUCAGUGAUGUAUCGCUAGUCCAAUUAUUUGGUGUGUUGUGGUACAGGAGAACAUCCGUUCGAAAAUGUCAGACACGAAUAACCUAUACUCGAAGUCCCGUCUUUGCGUCAUCAAAAAAUGGGACAACUUCGACGGAUACGGCUUUAAUCUGCACGCAGAAAAGGGCAAACCGGGCCAGUACAUCGGCAAAGUGGACGAGGGCUCGCCAGCUGAGGCUGCCGGUCUGCGACAGGGCAACAGGAUUUUGGAGGUGAAUGGCGAGAGCAUAGCGCAGAAGACUCACAAGCAAGUUGUCGAGCUCAUCAAGAGCCAGCCAGAGGAGACUCAGCUCCUCGUCGUCGAUCCAGACGAAGUGGACACCAUCAUCCCGACCAAUGAUGAUUCGACCAAGGUCGAGAAAAAAACCAAUCACGAAACCAAAACGGAGGAAAACGGGGUCUUGAAUCUCAACAUGACGGCCGCCGAGCUGCGGGCCAAACUGGCGGCCAAAAAGCGCUUCGAUCCCAAGAAGGAGUCGAUGGAUUUCCAGCAGAAGUUCGAUAUAGUGCAGAAACUCUGAUCAGACUCCAGAACACGUGCUUGUGUUUAUAUUUGUAAAUAAGUAGAAUCCUAGUAUGUUAAAAUUUGUUUAGCUAAUGAGCGUUUUGUGAAUAUAGGAUGAAUGUAGUGGCCUUGCUGUUAUUGAAAUUCUGAAUUGAAUGCAGUGUUACUUAAUGACAGGUAUCUAUUAUUUUAAAAUGUGUUGACGCAACUCCACAUUGAAUCUGACGAUGCCAUGGGAUUAUUUUUUGUUGAUAAUAUAUCAAAAUAUAUUGUUCCGAUAAA